AUGAUGGCUUUAAAGAUGUUGUAUCGCGGUCCCAGUUCGCGUUUGGAGAAUUUAAUUGAAAAGAUUCAAGCCACCAAGGAGAUUACAAAUAACGACAUGUACAGCACGCACACCUCCUCCAGCUACUCGCCGAGCAUCUCGGACGGCACAUUGACGCCCAAUUCGCAGCAGCAUCAGCCACAAUUGGCGACAGCUGCCGCGGCACACACAUUGGAAGCCCCCAGCGGCGAGGAGUCUAAGGCGAAUGGCGAAGCUGUUGCCGCACAAUCGGAGCUGGAGCAGCAGGAACAGGAGGCAGCCAGACCCAAGCGACCUGCACAUUUGCAUCAUCAUCAUCAUCAUCAUUAUCAUCAUCAGCAGGCGCUGAAAAUUGCGAACAAGCUGCGUAAAAUCAAUAAGGAUGCCAAACUGGCAGCUGGUGGCACAGGACCAGGACACGGAACAGCCGCCAAGUUUGAUAAGUUGACAGGCGAGGGCAUUAAAAGUCGAGGCGACGGCUCCUAUCAGUGUCAGUUCUGUGAUAAAUCAUUUCCGCGUCUCGGCUACUUGAAGCAUCACGUGCAGAGUCAUGCCGAGCAUUUGCCUUUCAAGUGCGAAUAUUGCGCCAAGCUCUUCAAGCACAAACGUUCCCGAGAUCGUCAUAAGAAGCUCCAUACCAACGAGAGGAACUACAAGUGUCCGCAUUGCGAGGCUGCUUUCUCGAGAAGCGAUCAUUUGAAGAUUCACAUGAAAACGCACGACAUCCAGAAGCCCUUCCAAUGCAGCAUGUGCAAUCGUGGCUACAACACGGCCGCCGCUUUGACCUCGCACAUGCAGAAGCACAAGAAGAAUGCCGCCAUCCUGGCAGCUGGCGGCAAUCCCAAUGCCCUCAACUAUAGCCCCAGAUCGACGGGGUCCGCUUCCAUUUCGAGCAAUGGCAGCCUGCACAAGCGUCGCUAUGCGCUGGCCCUCGCCUCCGACAGCAGUCCCAGUCGCUUGGACUUUCCCAAACGCUCUCGGGCGCAUGUCCCGACCACGCCCACGCCGACACCGCUGCUGCGCUGCAGCUACUGCCCGAAGGUGACGGAAUUCAGCAGCCUGGAGCAGCUGAAUGCGCAUCUGCAGAGCGCACACGAGCAGCGAGAGACGCGCAGCUCGACCGCCACGGCAGGCGGGGAGGCUGGAGAGGCUGUGCAGGCGAAUGGCUUCCAGUUGAGCUGCGAAUACUGCACGAUGAAAUUUGCGAAUAUCGCUGCGCUGUUUCAGCACAUGCGGGCCACACACUUGGAUAGGCUGAGCAGUCCAAACUCCUAUUACGAGCACUUCAAUCGCCUGGCCACGGCGGGCACAUUUAGUCCCAGGCUGGCGCUGGAGCUGCCCAAGAUCAAGCAGGACCUGGCCAGUCCACAGCCGCAAGCUGUCGAAAAGCCGGAACAGGAGCUGCCCACAGAUCUAAGCAGCAAUAAGCGUCGCCCGUUGACGCCGCCGGGCGUCUUCUUUUGUAAUCAAUGCAAUGCCGGCUUGCCGGACUUCGAGAGUUUCCGGAAUCAUCUGAAGACGCACAUAGCCGAGGGCAUGCAGCUGAUCUGUCCACACUGCGGCCUGAGCUUGCCCGAGCAGAGCGAAUACGAACGGCACGUGGUUGCCCAUUUCUUGAUCAGCAGCUCCGAGUUCAACUGCAGCGCCAGCUGCGGAAAAUCCUAUGCCAAGGCCGAGGAGCUGCAGCAGCAUUUGCUCAGCGAGCACGUGCUCACGAUGCUCAAGUGCGCCCUCUGCUCGGAGCUGUGCGAGAAUCGGAUGUCCAUGCAACUGCAUCUCGCCUGCGCGCACAGCCAGGAGUCGAAGUUGUUGCGCUGCAGCGCCUGCCUGGAGCUAUUUCGCAGCGACACGGACUUCCAUGUGCAUGUCAAGACGCGCCAUCAGCUGGAUCGUGGAUCGGCAAAUGGUGCUGCCGCGGCCGCUGCCGCUGCUGCGGCUGCCGUCUCCGCGCCCGCCAAUCCGCUGCAGUGCAUGUUCUGUCGCGCCGUUUGCGCCUCGGAGCUGGAAAUGCAUUUCCAUUUGGCUGCGCAUGCGCGACAAUUCCGCUGUCCCAGCUGCCCGGAAACAUUCCAUGUGGAAUUUCUGCUCGAUCGCCACAUGCAGAGCCAGCAUGGCGGAGGCGUCAAGGAUAAGGAGCCCGGCUCCAAUAUGGGCAGCCUCUAUGUAAAUGCGCUGCUGCCGCCCCUGGCAGCUGCUGCCGCUGCCGCCGCCGUGGCGACCAACAACAACAACAACAACAACAGCAACCUGCACAUCGACUACAAUGUGGCCUUCAAGGGCCUGUUCGGCGGCACGCCCAGCCCAGCGCAGGCGAACAGCAAAUUCUAUAGUCCACUGCAGGUGGACACCAGCGCGCUGAAGCCACAGCAAACGCCGCAUCCGGCUCUAAUGUACGGCCUGAGCCAGCGCUAUCUGAUGGAAAUGUAUGCGGCCAAGGCCACAUCGCCGGCAGCCAGUGCACCCGAGCUGCCGGCUGCCAGCAGCCAAGCAACAGCCACAGCGUCCAGCGCAGGCGGGAGUAGCAGCUACAGCUGCGGCAUGUGCGAGCGGCAGGAUUUGCGCAGCGAAGCGGAGCUGCAUUCGCAUCGCAAGCUGGCGCAUAAUCUCAAGACGGGCGUCAGCCUGAGAUGCGCCUAUUGCUCCGGCAAUUACAAGUCGCGCGCCGAGCUGGAGCAGCACAUGAAGAGCUGUCACAAUUCGAGCGGCAAACACAAGUGUCUCAUCUGCGACGAGAUAUUUCCCUCGCCCGCCAUACUCGCCGAGCACAAGCUGCAGCACAGCAAGGUGGGCCAGUCCGGAAAGUGCGCCCACUGUGGCCAGCAGCUGGAGCAUGUGGCCGCCUUUCGGGCACAUCUCGGUGAGCAUGGCAAUGACGGGCACCUGCCCAUGGCCUGCAUCUGUUGCCGGCAGACAUUGCACUCGGAAUUCGAGCUCAGCUUGCAUGCCAAAUUCCACACCAAAUCGCCGGGCAGCGGCAGUCUGCAAGAGCCGGUCUGUGCUCUGUGCCUGGAACCAUUGCCGGGUGCAGCGGGUGAGACGGCCAAGCUGUGCGAGAAAUGCUGUCGCAAGCAUAAUCUCAAUGGCAAGCGCAAGGAGUCAACGGCGGCGGCUCCUCCUCCGCCCCCUGCUGCUCCCCCUGCCACGGCAAGCACAGCCUAUCUGGAGAAUCGCUGUAAUCUGUGCAAAAUGAUACUGCCGCACGCCCAGAAACUGCAGGAGCAUCUCGUCGAGCACACCUUUGCAGGCACCGAGCAGCGCGGCUUCAAUUGCUACAUCUGCUCCGCGGUCUUCACGGCGCCCGCUGGCCUCUUGACCCACAUAGCCGAGCAUGGCGCGCGACCCUAUGACUGCAAUCUGUGUCCGGAGAAAUUUUACUUUCGCGCCGAACUCGAGCAUCAUCAGCGCGCUCACGAGCUGCGACCGCCACCACCAACAGCAGGAGCUGCGCGUGGAGCACAGCCCAAACAGGAGACGCACAGCUCCACGACCAGCUCACCCCAGGCGCCCAGUCCCAGUCAUGUCAAGCAGGAGCUGUACGAGUCGGAAACGGCCAACUCGCCCAAUGCUGAGCAGCCCCAUCAGGAGGAGGAGGAAUAUAUCGAAGUGGAACAAGUUCCGCAAGAGACGCUGCGCUCCGGCGAGCUGCUCAGCACCGAGCGCUCCAGCAGCAGCGCCUGA